AUGCGUUUAGCCGACGGGAUCAUCCAAGACGUGGUGAGGUUGAGAUCUGAUUUCAAGAUACUCAUUCCUAACCAAAUACACUCACUCUCGAAGAACCUGGACGCCAUGAAGAAGGGCAUGAUACAGAUGUUGUUGGAUUACAACAUACAGCUUUUCAGACAGUCGAGUGACUUCGACUCCAAGAUCAAGGACCUGGGCGCUACUCAAGAGUUUCGCCUGCAUAGCGCUAUUGUUGCGAUAGCAACGUUGCUGAGUACCAAGGAUGAGUCACAGAAAGCCGAGGAACUCAAAAGGAUUGCUGGUUUCAUUGAAGAUGCGAAGGGGGGGGUGGGUGGUAUGGACUUGGAGGUUAUUGCGAGUUGGUAUGACAAUGCCGUGGAGGAAGAUGAUGGGGAAGGGGAGGAGAUCGACGGGUCGCUGUUUAGUCAAGGGCGCAAGCGGCAACUCUCGGAUCUGGCAGGCGACCAGGGAACUUCAAGGCAGAAGAGGGUCAGAAGCACACCUUCUGAGGGCAUACAAGGGAUAGAGGUUGAGGCGGAAAGGGAUCCCAGUGGACGAGAAAUGGCGGGUGCGCUGUCCAACGAGAAUGAAAGGCGAGAAGAGUCUAUUAGAGUUGAGCACGUACCGGAGGAGGGCCAGGGGCGUAGCGUUAAUCAAAUUCGGCUUGGAAACUCCUCAAAAUCGGUCCCAGAGCAAGGCCUCGUCGGGGUCAGGCUCCUCUACUGA